AUGAAUGAGCAUUUCGCCUUCUGGUAUCCGUCAUCCUGGACGAUGAUCGGGACCGUUUUCUCCAUCUUCUCUUUUCUUGUCACCCUUUACGUCACGUUUGUCAGACGAGACGUCGUUGUCACUGCCAUUGACAAACUCCGUGACGUCUAUGAGACGAUACGGGAUGAGUCAUGGUACCUCCGGUCAGUACGGACAGACGUCGAUGCAUUGAGGAAGACACUUGCUCCGCCUGGGGAGUCUACUGUCGAAAUGCAUCGGACACUUCAAGGUUUGAGGACCGACUUGCAAGCGCUGGCCACUGCAACUCGUGAAAACCGCGAAGAUGUCAACGGAUUGAUGACGGAAUCGCAGGCGCCCGCAAUUCCUGUGCUUCUCGAGAUCCUGGCCGAAGUCUGGAAGGUCACCACGCGUGAGCCGAAGAUCCAGAGAAGGCUCCCGCCUUUCUCCCGCCAUCUGAUGGUGGCUCAAGCCGAAGCCCUGGCAAGAGAACGGAUGCAGGCGAAUCCCAAUCCAUUCCAAGACUUGGAUUGAUGACACUGUGUCCAAGGCAGUGGGGGUGGAACUCCUUCGGGAGGGAAACCCUCCUCAGCGCUGUGCUCAC